GCCGAAUCUUCCGUACUAGCAAAGAUGCUCUGUAGUCAACUGGAGCGGCUUAUGUUGUGCAGCAACCAGCGAUAGUUUUGGACGAUAGGAGCAGAGCGAACGGUUUGUUUUCAUCGUUAACCGGUGAACGGGAGCUGCUCUUUGUUCGUCUUCGAACAAACUGUCGUUUUUUGCAUAUCCAGCGGAGGGUUAAGUUAAGUGUUUUCAUGUUGUGCAAUUUACAGUGUUUGCGUGAAGACUCCCUAACUGGCGGAUCGCAUCAGUUCGCCCGGAGGGUCAUCGUCAGCGACGACACCCUCUGCUCAGUUAGCGUCAGCUGUUUAGAAAAUGACCGGAGAGAAGAUCCGCUCCCUGCGCAAGGACCACAGGCCGAGCAAGGACCAGGAUUUACUGGAGCCGGACGAGGAGGCUGCAACCGGGACGUUCACCGCCUCCAAGACGAACAACAAGAGCAGAGCGAGUAAAAUCUUCAGUAAUCACAAGUUAAACAAGUCUUCGUCCACGCAGCAGCAGAACCAACAGUCGCAGAUUAAUGCUAACACCAACACGCUGUCAACGUCGGAUGUCAUCGAUGACAACAACAAAAACCCCAUUAUCCGAACCGCGCAAGACUUUCCGGUGCAUGAAUGUGUCUUUAAAGGAGAUGUCCGACGCCUGUCUUCCCUCAUACGGACGCAGAAUAUCGCCCAGAAAGACGUCCAUGGAAACACGCCGUUGCACCUCGCUGUCAUGAUGGGGCACAAAGAAUGUGCCCACCUGCUGCUGGCCCACAAUGCACCAGUGAAGGUGAAGAACGCUCAGGGAUGGAGCCCCCUUGCUGAAGCCAUCAGCUAUGGAGACCGACAAAUGAUCACAGCGCUGCUGAGGAAGCUUAAGCAACAGUCCAGAGAGAGUGUGGAGGACAAGAGGCCCAAGCUGCUGAAAGCCCUGAAAGAACUUGGAGACUUUUACUUGGAGCUUCACUGGGACUUUCAAAGCUGGGUGCCUUUGCUCUCCAGAAUCCUGCCUUCAGAUGCGUGUAAGAUCUACAAGCAGGGCCUCAACAUCAGAUUGGACACUACCCUGAUAGACUUCACAGACAUGAAGUGUCAGCGCGGUGACCUGAGUUUUAUCUUCAACGGCAAUGCCAUCCCUUCCGAGUCUUUUGUUGUGCUGGACAACGAGCAGAAAGUCUACCAGCGGAUACACCAUGAGGAGUCGGAGAUGGAGACAGAGGAGGAGGUGGACAUUCUGAUGAGCAGCGAUGUGUACUCCGCCACGCUCUCCACCAAGUCCAUCACCUUCUCCAGGGCGCAGACCGGCUGGCUGUUCAGAGAAGACAAGACGGAGCGUGUGGGAAACUUUCUGGCAGAUUUCUACUCCGUGAACGGCCUGGUGCUGGAGUCCCGGAAGAGACGCGAGCAUCUGAGCGAGGAGGACAUCUUGAGGAACAAAGCCAUCAUGGAGAGCCUUAGUAAAGGAGGGAAUCUCAUAGAGCAGAACUUUGAGCCAACGAGGAGGCAAUCUCUGACUGCCCCGUCACCCAACACUAUAUCCUGGGAAGAAUACAUCAGUGCUGACAAUGGAAAAGCACCCCAUCUGGGAAGAGAGCUGGUCUGCAAAGAGAGCAAGAAAAACUUCAAAGCCACGAUAGCCAUGAGUCAAGACUUCCCUCUCGGCAUUGAAUCGUUACUGAAUGUUCUGGAGGUAAUUGCACCCUUCAAGCACUUUAAUAAACUCAGGGAGUUUGUUCAGAUGAAGCUCCCCCCUGGCUUUCCCGUCAAACUUGACAUUCCUGUCUUUCCUACGAUCACAGCCACGGUGACGUUUCAGGAGUUUCGCUAUGAUGAGUUUGACGAGUCCAUUUUUACCAUUCCCAACGACUAUAAAGAAGACCCUAGCCGCUUCCCCGACCUUUAACCUCUCAAGCUGGAACAGGAAACAAACAUGCAACAAGGCAACAGUGUGCUACAAAACAUAACUUUCUGAAUUACAAAAGGAAAAUUUGGAGUGAAAAAACAGCGCCCAUCGUUUCUUGACAGUUUAUGGAUUCCGUCGCCCAUCUCGACCCUGAAUACAGACCGCAAACAAGACGAUCAGACUUUGACAUACAUGACAAAAAUGGCGUCUUCAGAGCUGAUGGAGGCCCACUGUGGCAGAGAGGUUCCACAUCUCAUCGUGUUAACAGUGUUUCGAAGUGUAGUGUUGCAGGUUCUCACUCUCACCAUCAGAUUUGGUUUAAUCCAGCCAUCCGAGGCAGGAAGUGCGAGUAACUUGAAGCCGAGAGUCUGAACCGCUCAUCAGUGAAAGGGCAUUGAAGUUUAAACGAGUGACAGGAGAGCAGGUGAGUUCUCUGUUUACCCGGUAUAAGCAGAAGACGGUCAACCAGUUCAUUUGAUGCUAUUAUUGAAGUAUGUAAAUAAUGUUUAUAAAGGGAAUGUUUUUAACUGACUUGUAGUAAAGCACUGAUACUACUUGUGACACAAAGGGGAGGAAUUCCCACAAACUGACUUUUUAGGUUAUUUUUCCUGCUUAAAUAGACUUUGUCAAGUUGUCAAGUUGCAAAAGUAAUUUGCAGUUUUGUGAUAUUAGAUUUGGCCUCAAUGAGACAUUGACCUGUAUAUAAUCUAAUGUACACCUGUCACAGGUGAAGUGGAUUCUUUUGUAGGAUAAUAACCUAAAAAUCUGUUUUUGCAGGAUUCCACUUUAACUCUACACAUUGUUACUGUGUGUGUGUGUGUGUGUGUGUGUGUGUGUGUGUGUGUGUGUGUGUGUGUGUGUGUGUGUGUGUGUGUGUGUGUGUGUGUGUGU